CCGUAAAGUGUGGAAUUGUAACUUUGAAAACACGAAAACCCAAGUUUCUUAAACGUGAAUCAGUUAUUGCAAAGGUCAAUGGAAUUUUUGAUCUUCAUAUGAGGCGAACAGACUUUGAGCGCUUCUACAGUGGUGCCGAGGCUAGAGCUCGAUUUCCUGAUCAUCUUGUUAGACUCAUAGAAAAUGGGCGUUUUACCGAGUCAGGAAUAGACUUUUUACCUAAAAUAAUGAUUCAUUUCUACUCUGAAUAUACCCUGAAAUCAAAUUGCUAUCCAAUUGUAAUAUUGGAGCCUGCUGUUGGAUGGGAUGAUUCAACAUAGAAAACGUUGAGCACAAGUUUGAUAUCUGUGUUUUGUGCACCCAGCAUUUGCUUCUUGAGUGCAACUGUUGCAACACUGUACAGUCAUGGUUUGAGCUGUGGUGUUGUUGUGAAUUUGGGACAUGAAACGGCAUCUGUAUCUGCUGCUUGGAAUGGAUCCAUAAUGUCGUCUUGUACUACAAGUCUGGAUGUUAGCGCUUCUGCAGAUGAUGUGGCAGAAGCUGUAGGUCAAGUUAUUGAAUCUGCAAGUGAGGGUGAUGAGCACAUUCGUUCAGUUCUCACGAGCAACGUGGUGUUGGCUGGUGGCCGUUUUAUGGCAUCAAGCAGAAUGAGAUUGGACACAGAAGAUGCUAUUGCUAAAGUUGUCGGCGCAUGGUGUCAUCACGUUUCUGAGAAUGAAGAUAUGAAAAUGAGUGGAGUUAGUGGAGGUUGCUCAUUUGUGUCAUCAUCAUGUUUUACUGAAUUUUUGAAAUUACGUGACGAAAAUCGCUUUAUUAACGAGAUGGCUUUGACCGGCCGCCCAGAUCGUCGCCUGUUGUCAUUCUACUGUUGUAUUACUAAGGUUCAAGACCCUGUUCACAGAUACAUGAUUGAGAUAGAAGAAGGAAGAAUCAUUCCGGAUGGUACAGACAGUGACUACACUUGUUUUGAAGAUUAUUUGAGAAGCUUCUGAUGAGGAACAGUAACAAUUCUAAUUGAUUGAAUGGCUAAUACAGCGAAUUGUUGUAUGUGCUUCACUUUUUGUAUUAACUUUAGCUUGGAUUCGGAGACUUUCUAAAAUUGAUCAAUUCACAGCUCAACUAUAGUACUUGUACUGUUAUCACGA